GGCGCUGCCUCGGGCUCUGUGCGCUGCAGCCCGGAGCCGAGGAGGAGGAGGCGGAGGAGGAGAAGGAGGCGGCGGCGGCGGUGGGUCCCGGGCGGGGGGAGCGCGGCGCUGCGGACCCGGGCGGCUGGCAAAGGACGAGGCGGAGGCUGAGGAAGGCAGCGGGGAAGACCCGGGCUGCAGCAACAAAGGGCAGCAAACGAUUGGCCGGGCUGCAGACGAGAUUUGCUUGAGGAUCUGAAUAAUCUUCAUUGUUGCCGUGGACUGUUAAAACAUUUGGAGUUCCAAUUCUGGUCUUGGUUUCCUUAUUAAAGAUGUUCUUCACCUGAAUGCAGCCCUUCCUAUUGGUCAAAUAAGACAACUCUCGACAUCGCCAGUUCGUCCUCUUUUUAAUCUCCUAAGGAUGGCUGUUUGUCAGAUGUUGCUUAAUGUGGUUUGGAAUACUCUGCCCAUUUGUUGAAUUGUAAAUGACUUUUAAAUGUGCAAGUUCUGUUAAAUACAAGGAGAAUCUCUAUGGGUAACUUCUGUAUUGAAGAAGUCAUUUAUCAACCAUGGUAAAACUUGCAAACCCACUUUAUACAGAGUGGAUUCUUGAAGCUAUACAAAAAAUAAAAAAGCAAAAGCAAAGGCCCUCAGAAGAGAGAAUCUGCCAUGCGGUCAGCACUUCCCAUGGGCUGGAUAAGAAGACGGUCUCUGAGCAGCUGGAGCUCAGUGUUCAGGACGGCUCCGUCCUCAAAGUCACCAACAAAGGCCUUGCCUCCUACAAGGACCCAGACAACCCUGGGCGCUUCUCAUCCGUCAAACCUGGCACUUUUCCCAAGUCAACCAAGGGGUCUAGAGCAUCGUGCAGUGAUCUCCGCAAUGUGGAUUGGAAUAAACUUCUAAGGAGAGCAAUUGAAGGACUCGAGGAGCCGAGUGGGUCCUCCCUGAAGAACAUCGAGAAGUAUCUCCGCAAUCAAAGCGAUCUCACGAGCACCACCAACAACCCGGCCUUCCAGCAGCGCCUGCGGCUGGGGGCCAAACGCGCAGUGAACAACGGGAGGUUGCUGAAAGACGGCCCCCAGUACAGGGUCAACUACGGAGGCGCGGAUGGCAAAGGGGCUCCCAAGUACCCCAGUGCUUUCCCGUCCUCACUGCCGCCGGUCAGCCUUCUCCCCCAUGAGAAAGACCAGCCCCGUGCCGAUCCCAUUCCAAUAUGUAGCUUCUGUCUGGGGACAAAAGAAUCAAAUCGUGAAAAGAAGCCGGAAGAACUCCUCUCCUGUGCAGACUGCGGCAGCAGCGGACACCCAUCCUGUCUGAAAUUUUGUCCUGAAUUAACAACAAAUGUGAAGGCCUUAAGGUGGCAGUGCAUCGAAUGCAAGACAUGCAGUGCCUGUAGAAUCCAAGGCAAAAAUGCAGAUAAUAUGCUUUUUUGUGACUCCUGUGAUAGAGGAUUCCACAUGGAGUGCUGUGACCCCCCACUUUCCAGAAUGCCAAAAGGGAUGUGGAUUUGCCAAGUCUGCAGACCAAAGAAAAAGGGAAGAAAACUACUUCAUGAGAAAGCUGCACAAAUAAAACGACGAUAUGCAAAACCCAUUGGACGACCGAAAAAUAAAUUAAAGCAACGAUUGUUGUCUGUAACCAGUGAUGAAGGAUCCAUGAAUGCAUUCACAGGAAGGGGGUCACCUGGUAGGGGUCAAAAGACUAAAGUCUGUACCACACCUCCAUCUGGUCAUGCUGCAUCUGGGAAGGACUCAAGCAGCAGAUUGGCUGUCACAGACCCCACUCGGCCUGGUGCCACCACCAAAAUCACCACCACCACCUCCACCUACAUUUCUGCCUCUACACUUAAAGUUAACAAGAAAACCAAAGGGCUCAUUGAUGGCCUUACUAAGUUUUUUACACCAUCACCUGAUGGUCGCAGAUCACGAGGUGAAAUCAUAGACUUUUCAAAGCACUACCGUCCAAGGAAAAAGGUCUCUCAGAAACAGUCAUGCACUUCUCAUGUGUUGGCUCCAGGUACCACACAACAGCUCAAACCUCCACCUUCUUCACUUCCACUCCCCACCCCCAUCUCUGGUCAGAGCCCCAGUUCACAAAAGUCCGCUACUUCCACCUCCUCUACCUCUCCCCAGAGUUGCUCGAGCCAGUCGAGCGUGCCCUCCCUGAGCGGUCUGACUAGUAACAGCCAGCUGAAGGCACUCUUUGACGGACUCUCUCAUAUCUAUACCACUCAGGGACAGUCUCGGAAAAAGGGCCACCCCAGUUACGCACCACCCAAACGUAUGCGUCGUAAACCUGACUUACCUGCCACGGCAAAAUCUAAGGCCCAUUUCUUUGGAAAAAGAGAUAUUAGAAGUAGGUUUCUCUCUCACUCGUCCUCCUGUAGCUGGGGGCUGGCUAGAGGACGUAUUUUUAAAGCAAUUGCUCACUUCAAGCGAACGACUUUCCUUAAAAAGCACAGGAUGGUAGACAGAUUAAAAUAUAAAGUGACCCCUCAGAUGGGGACCCCCUCACCAGGGAAGGGGAGCUUGACAGACGGAAGGAUUAAACCUGAUCAGGAUGAUGAUACUGAAAUCAAAAUAAGCAUCAAACAAGAAAGUACAGAUUUAAAUGUGAUUGGAAACAAGGAUUCCGUAACUGACGAAGAUUUGGAUGUUUUUAAGCAGGCCCAGGAACUUUCUUGGGAGAAAAUAGAGUGUGAAAGUGGGGUGGAAGACUGUGGCCGGUAUCCUUCUGUAAUAGAAUUUGGGAAGUAUGAAAUCCAGACCUGGUACUCCUCGCCUUACCCACAGGAAUAUGCAAGAUUACCAAAGCUUUACCUGUGUGAAUUCUGUCUUAAAUAUAUGAAAAGUAAAAAUAUUUUGUUAAGACACUCAAAGAAAUGUGGAUGGUUUCAUCCCCCAGCAAAUGAAAUUUACCGAAAGAAAGACCUUUCAGUAUUUGAGGUUGAUGGGAAUAUGAGCAAAAUUUAUUGCCAAAACCUUUGCUUGUUAGCCAAGCUCUUCCUGGAUCACAAAACGUUGUAUUAUGAUGUCGAGCCAUUCCUUUUUUAUGUCCUUACAAAAAAUGAUGAAAAGGGCUGUCAUCUGGUUGGAUACUUCUCUAAGGAAAAGCUCUGCCAGCAGAAGUAUAAUGUCUCCUGCAUAAUGAUCAUGCCCCAGCACCAAAGGCAAGGAUUUGGCCGCUUUCUCAUUGAUUUCAGCUACCUGCUGUCCAGACGGGAAGGCCAAGCCGGCUCUCCGGAAAAGCCACUCUCCGACCUGGGCCGGCUCUCCUACCUGGCCUACUGGAAGAGUGUCAUCUUGGAGUAUCUCUCCCACCACCACCACGACAGACACAUCAGUAUCAAGGCCAUCAGCAGAGCCACGGGCAUGUGCCCCCACGACAUCGCCACGACUCUGCAGCAUCUCCACAUGAUCGACAAGAGGGACGGCAGAUUUGUCAUCAUUAGAAGGGAAAGGUUGAUAUUGGACCACAUGGAAAAACUGAAAACCUCUUCUCGGACCAAUGAACUUGAUCCAGAUUGUCUGAGAUGGACCCCAAUUUUAAUUUCUAAUGCUGCGGUUUCUGAAGAAGAGCGAGAAGCUGAGAAAGAGGCUGAGCGGCUAAUGGAACAAGCUAGCUGCUGGGAAAAGGAGGAGCAAGAAAUCCUGUCAUCUAGAGCUAGCAGUAGGCAAUCACCUGCAAAAGUACAAUCGAAAAAUAAAUAUUUACAUUCCCCGGAGAGCCGGCCAGUGGCAGGGGAGCGAGGGCAGCUGGCAGAGCUAUCUAAAGACAGCAGUGAAGAGGAGGAGGAGGAGGAGGAGGAAGAGGAAGAAGAGGAGGAGGAAGAAGAGGAGGAAGAGGAGGAGGAAGAGGAGGAAGAAGAGGAAGAGGAAGAUGAGGAAGAAGAAAACAUCCAGAGCUCCCCUCCGAGACUGACUAAACCACAGUCAGUUGCCGUGAAGAGAAAGAGGCCUUUUGUACUAAAGAAGAAAAGGGGUCGGAAGCGCAGGAGGAUUAACAGCAGCGUGACAACAGAGACCAUCUCUGAGACGACGGAAGUGCUAAAUGAGCCCUUUGACAACUCAGACGAGGAGCGACCGAUGCCACAGCUGGAACCUACCUGUGAGAUUGCCGGCAAGGAGAACGGCAGGAAGCGCGUCCUGAGAAAGGCAUUCCAGCAUCAGCCCGGGAAGAAGAGAAAGACAGACGGGGAGGACGGAACAGACAAUCAUUGCUUUAAGAGCGCUGACCCUUGUAGAAACAAUGUGGAUGAUGGUGCAGAUGACUUGAAAGAAGGCAGUAGAGACAAUCCUGAACCUCUAAAGUGCAAACAAGUGUGGCCGAAAGGGAGCAAGCGGGGCCUCUCCAAGUGGAGGUCCAACAAAGAGAGGAAGACCGGAUUCAAACUGAACUUAUACACGCCCCCAGAGACCCCCAUGGAGCCCGACGAGCAGGCAGCAGCGGAGGAGCAGAAGGAGGGUCCCGAAGCCCCCAGCAGCCCCGCCCCCAGCAGGAGCGAGGAGGCGCAGGAAGCCCCGGAGCCCCAGCCCCCUCUGGAGACGAGGAAGGAGGACACACACGUGCCCGGCAGCCCAGAGCAGUCACCGGGGGACAAAGCCGACAGUGAACUUCCCAAACCAGAGGAGGAGGAGGAGGAGGAGGAAGAGGAGGAAGAGGAGGAGGAGGAGGAAGAGGAGGAGGAGGAGGAAGAGGAGGAGGAGGGCACUGUGGAGAAAGACCCAGAUGGUACUAAACAUCAGGAGAAGGAGGAGCCGGAGGCCUGCCUGGACAAAGACGACCCUGUGCAUCCGGAGGACCAUGAAGAGGAGGAGGAGGAGGAGGAGGAGCCAUCGCACAAUGAGGGCCACGACGCAGACGAUGAGGACGACAGUCACAUGGAGUCUGCCAAAGCAGAGAAGGACUUAAGCCCCAGAGAAGCCUUGAAGGACGCGCUGGAAAACCACACGGCUUUUUUAGAUCUUAGUGUCCAGCCGACCCAUCCCAGCCCGGAGGUCCUCAUGGACUGUGGUGUGGACCUUGCUGCAUCAUGUAACAUGGAACCGAAGGAGCUCGCUGGAGACACUGAAACUGCCCCUGAGUCGGACGAGGAGGCCCCGGAAGAACAGGCACAGAAGCAGGACCAAAAGAACAGAGACGAAAUCUAUCCCGAGCUGAAGGAAGGCAGCACGGCCACCAUGGAAAUCGACUCCGAGACGGUCCAGGCAGUUCAGUCUCUGACCCAGGAGAACAGUGAACAGGACGACACCUUUCAGGACUGUGCCGAGACUCGAGAAGCCUGCAGAAGCCUCCAGAACUACAGUACCCACACAGACCAAAGCCCACAGAUGGCCGCCACGCUGGACGACUGCCAGCAGUCAGACCACAGCAGCCCCGUUUCCUCCGUGCAUUCCCACCCCGGCCAGUCGGUCCGUUCCGUCAGCAGCCCCAGCGUCCCCGCCCUGGAAAACAGCUACGCCCAAAUCAGCCCCGAUCAAAGUGCCAUCUCCGUGCCGUCCCUGCAGAACAUGGAGACCAGCCCGAUGAUGGACGUGCCGUCCGUGUCCGAUCAUUCCCAGCAAGUGGUCGACAGCGGGUUCAGCGACCUGGGCAGCAUCGAGAGCACAACCGAGAACUACGAGAACCCCAGCAGCUACGACUCCACGAUGGGGGGCAGCAUCUGCGGCAACGGCUCCUCGCAGAACAGCUGCUCGUACGGCAGCCUCACGUCCAGCAGCCUGACCCAGAGCAGCUGCGCCGUCACCCAGCAGAUGUCCAGCAUGAGCGGGAGCUGCAGCAUGCUGCCGCAGGCCAGCAUCAGCUCCCCGCCCACCUGCAGCGUCAAGUCUCCGCAGGGCUGCGUGGUGGAGAGGCCGCCCAGCAGCAGCCAGCAGCUGGCCCCCUGCAGCAUGGCCGCCAACUUCACCCCGCCCAUGCAGCUGGCGGACAUCCCCGAGAGCGGCAGCGCCAACCUCGGCCUGUACGAGCGCAUGGGUCAGAGUGAUUUUGGGGCUGGGCAUUACCCGCAGCCGUCAGCCACGUUCAGCCUUGCCAAACUACAGCAGUUAACUAACACACUGAUUGAUCAUUCAUUGCCUUACAGCCAUUCCGCUGCUGUAACUUCCUAUGCAAACAGUGCCUCUUUGUCCACACCGUUAAGUAACACAGGGCUUGUUCAGCUUUCUCAGUCUCCGCACUCCGUUCCGGGGGGACCCCAAGCACAAGCGACCAUGACCCCACCCCCCAACCUGACUCCUCCUCCCAUGAAUCUGCCGCCACCUCUGCUGCAGCGGAACAUGGCUGCCUCCAAUCUUGGCAUCGCCCACAGCCAAAGACUGCAGACCCAGAUCGCCAGCAAAGGCCACGUCUCCAUGAGAACCAAAUCGGCGUCUCUGUCACCAGCCGCUGCCAGCCACCAGUCGCAGAUCUACGGGCGCUCCCAGACUGUAGCCAUGCAGGGCCCCACUCGGACUUUAACCAUGCAGAGAGGCAUGAACAUGAGCGUGAACCUGAUGCCAGCCCCUGCCUACAAUGUCAACUCGGUGAACAUGAACAUGAACACUCUCAACGCCAUGAAUGGGUACAGCAUGUCCCAGCCGAUGAUGAACAGCGGCUACCACGGCAACCACGGCUACAUGAACCAAACGCCCCAGUACCCUAUGCAGAUGCAGAUGGGCAUGAUGGGCACCCAGCCAUAUGCCCAGCAGCCAAUGCAGACCCCGCCCCACGGCAACAUGAUGUACACAGCGCCUGGCCACCACGGCUACAUGAACACAGGCAUGUCGAAACAGUCUCUCAAUGGGUCCUACAUGAGGAGGUAGGCAGCGCAGGCCUCCCGGGCCUCACUUUCAGAUUGACCCGCACAAAUACCUUCGAAGAGUACGAUUUCAAAACCAGCAAUUGGUGUGAAUGCAAAAACAUUGUUGGCACCAUUUAUUUAAAAAAAAAAAAAAAGAAAAGAAAAAAAAAGCUGUAUGCAGCAGAAAGCCUUAUACAAGUUGUUUUUUUUUUCUUUCCCUUUUUUUUUCUUUUUUUUUUUCUUUUGUAUCUUUGUUUCUGUUACUUUUCUUUGAGAUUCUCUGCAAAGGAAGGCCUCUCUGGACUACAGUGUGGGGGCAGCCACUUAGCCUGCAGCCCCCGUUAAACAAUGUGGAUAUCAAGCCCCGCCCUCCCCAGAUUCUCUGUUUUACUAUUGAACCUUUUGUUUUCUUCCUGUCCACUCCAUGUAAAUGCCUUUAGCAUUUCAGUUAUUGUAUAUUUUGUUUAAGGUGACACUUCCGCAUGCCGCUAAUGUCUUUGUUAGUGACAGUGCAUUUUGUAGUACUGUACAAGUGUUGUGCUAACAGUAAGCCAUUUCUUAAGUUUUUUGCCUUGAUUAGGGUACCCUAAUUUGAGGGUUUAAAAAAAAAACUAUAUUUUUGUUAAUUAUAAAACUGUAAAGAGCUAUAAAAGCUAUUCCCAUUUGGUUAGUCAAAAGGGUUUUAUUGCUAAAUGUUUGGUGUAAAGUUGAGACCCUUUUCCUUUUUUGGUGACAGAUUUCUUUGGGGAAAAAAAGGCAGCUUUCUGUUUUAUAAAUGCAGACUUCUGUUUAUUGAAUGAAGCAUAUCUCAGUGUUUAUCUGUCAGGUUUUGAAACAUUUCAUAUAUGUCCAAAUACUUGGCAGGAUUUAAAAAAAUAGUGAAUUUGGUGUAAAGUUGCUAUUUUAUGGAAAUGCCUCUAACUUUACAUUUUCAUUCCAUCUGUAGAUUUUUCUAUCUUUAUAAAAUAUUGGAGUUAUUUUUUAAGGAAAAAUAGAGAAGUAGCUUGUGAAUAGCUUAAACUAAGCUUACAAAUCGCAUGUACAAAAGCAAAAGUUAUUUGUGUCUGUUUAUAUUGCUUCCUUUUUUGUAGCCUUUGUACCUGUACAGGGUGACUGUAAGGGCCGAGCAGGGGAGGCGGAAUCCUUGUAUAAAAUAGGAGCCAGCGACACUCUUGUAUUUAUCUGUUCUCUUUUUAGUCAGUCACUUAAAAAAACAAAAAACAAACAAAAAAAAAACAAAAAAAAGCUGUACAUUUUAACAUAAAAUAAAUUAUGAUGAGCCAUUUUUAGCCUCUCGUGUCCUGUCAUAUUAUGAUUGAUAGAGAAUGACCAAUUGAACUGUAUCAUGUGUCACAUCUCAGAACACAAACACAUUUUGGGAAAAUAAAUUAUUUAGUGUAAAUUGGAGCUAUGAGAUUUUCUUGUUUUGACUUUGGGGGAGGGGUUGGCAAUAAGUAAGAGUAAUAUCUAAUAAAACCAUCACAUAUACCAAAUACCUAUUUAAUAAAUUAAUUUAUAAUGGAUUUUAAUGCUUUUCAUGAAAGUUUAUUUUAUGCGAGUGCAUACCUUCUGUAUGCCAAUCAUUGUCUUUAAAAAUAAAGUGAUUUUGUUUUUUUC